AUUGUGUUGUUUCUUUAAACCCUCUUAAAACCCUAAAUUCCUUUUCUCGUUUUUCACCCCCGAUUCACAGAAUGGCACUUGCUUCCUUUCUACGGAGGUCGGUAGCAUCUGCCGUUCCAUUGGCGAGGCGAGCAAUCGGAAACCAUCUGCGACAGGAUUGCUCUACUCUGACAACCUCUUCCGCUAAUUCCAGCUCUCUUCCCCGACAACUUUGCCGGAGUUUGUUCCCAGCUUGCCAUUUCAUGUCUACCAAGUCGAACUUUGACGACUCUAUACGAAAGAUGGUUGAAUCGGAGAUCAAGUGCGCCGAAGAGUCUGUCGAUGUUGAUCAGAUUGAAGCCACUCCAGAAGAUUUUCCAUUCAAACUUGAAGAUAAUCCUGGCCAACAGACGGUUAGCUUGACCAGAGAAUAUCAAGGUGAAACCAUCAAAGUAGAGGUCCACAUGAGCAGUCUUAUCACCGGGGAAGAAGAAGAAGAUGAAAAUGUAGAUGAUGCCCACAAAAACAACCAACCAAACAUCCCACUUAUUGUGAGCAUCUCCAAGACGGAUGGUCCUUACUUGGAGUUUGGUUGUGACGCUUCUCCUGAUGAGAUAUCUAUCCACAGCCUAUCUGUGAAGGAUCCAGAUCAAUCCGAGGAUCAGAUUGCCUAUGAAGGACCGGACUUCUUGGACUUGGACGAGAAUCUGCAAAAUGCCUUCCUUAAGUAUCUUGAGAUAAGAGGAAUCAAACCUAGCACAACAAAUUUCUUGCAGGAGUACAUGAUCAACAAAGACAGCAGAGAGUACUUGAUGUGGCUGAAGAAUCUCAAGAAAUUCCUAUAAUUUUUUGGGGUAAGUUUUUUGUAUUGUGGUUUAUGAUAGUUAUAAUGUGUUUUGUUUCUCUUGUGCUUUCUAUAUUUAUCAACAUCAGUCACACAGCAUCUUAGCUUUAACAAAAUAUGAGAAAAUUGCAACUGUUUUAUAUUGAACAUUGGCUGCUUUCAAUGUCUAUA